CUUUCCUCUGAGAGAUAUGACAAGAGGAAGAAACACAGACAAUGGCGAUGUCAGAUCUUCCAUGCGAGGGCUCUUGGUGAAGUCACCCUCAGCUGCGUCAUACAGUCUCGUGGGGUGUCUUUAAAUGGGGAUACUUAUUGGAUUGCUUCACAAGUCAAAGACUUUGUACUAGUAAGUUUUGAUUUCACAACAGAGACAUUUGGACGUCUGAAUCUUCCCUCUGAUCAGUGUCUUGGAUACGAGGUUUUGGCAUUAUCAGUUGUUAGAGAAGAGCAACUUUCAGUUUUGCAACAGAGUCAGGAUACAUCGAAUGUGAAGAUUUGGGUGACGACCAACGAUGAGACUGAUCAGACCAAAGUACUGUCGUGGAGAAAGUUUUUGGCAGUUGAUCUAAACACUUAUAAUUUUUACCAUAAAUUUACGUAUGAUGUAAGUUUCUUCAUCAAGGACGAGGAGAAGAAAGUCGCCAUAUGUUUUGACAACGGAAUUGCAUACAUUUUUGGAGAGAAUCGUGACUUUGGAAAAGUGUAUAUAGACGUUUCUGAUUGUCCAGCUCCAGUAGCUGUGUCCCAAGCUUGGUUCAAAUUCAGCAUGGAGGCAAUAGGCAACAUUACUAACAUGGCUUAUUCAAUAAAUGGCCAGUAUGGAGAACAGUUAGUUUAAAAUAAAACGUAAU